CAUGUUAUCUAAUCGCCUUUUAAAAGUUAUUCAUUGAAAAAAAAAACAAAAUUAUCAUGUCAUAUAAAAUAACAAAUUGCAUAUGUACUUAUUUAACGUAUACACUUCUAAAUUGGAAGAGUAAUAUUGGUAUCUUAAAAAUAAAUCCUAUUUCUUGCCAGAACCGAAUUGAAAAAAACAUAAACCAUUCCAAAAUAACCCAUACAUCUUCCUCUUGCAAAAAAAACAUAUCCCAUGCUCAACAAUUAAGUGCAGGCUGUCUUGUUGGAUUUUUAUCAGGAGUUUUAGCUAAACACAUAGGAAAAUUCGCCAUUAUUUUAUUCAUUGGUAUUUAUUUAGUUUCAUGGACAGGAUCUUUUCGCCGUUUUACAAAACCUUGGAACAUGUUUCUAUAUUUUUCUCAAAAAAUAUGGCAUAAAAAAAACAAAAGUAUCAAAGAAAUCGCCAAUGAACUUCUCUUUAAAAACAUUGUUUUCAAAUCAUCCUUUGCUGCAACAUUUGGAUUCGGUUUUUUGUAUUCAUAA